UAGUCCCUUUUCUUUGCGACUCCUUUACCCUGUACGAUAUAAACUCUUAUAUCUCGAAACAUUCGUUUGUUCAUCACUCGCGAUUCCGAAUGAUGCGAUCCAUGGUUCUGUCCGUCUCCAACGGUAUUCGACAUCUUGCUAUUCGUCUCUAAUUGGUCAACUCUCGGUUUCCAUUUUCGUCGCGGACGUCACCAUCGCCGUCACCAUCGCCGUCACUCGUUUCUUAUAAAACUACCUUGGAAGGAUACAAUCGUUAUUGCUGCACAAUUAAGGAGGAUUCAUCAUGUCGACUGGAAUCGUCUCGCCGUUUCAGAUCCCCAGGAAACACCUGGAGGAUCUGGCAAACAAUAAUGCCUUCACCGCGGUCAGGGAACACCUGCGCCGCCAGGAAUUAGGAAUGGAUGCUCCAAGCUUCUGCUCUCACCAUCGCGAUUCCUGCUCCCACCAAGACCAAGAGUCUUUCCGUCUCCACCGUGACAUUAUCCACACCCUCCUCGUCCCCUUAUUCCUCCUCCACACCCAGGCCUCGCGCAUUGCGACUAGUGUCCUGCCCAGUUCGCGGGCCACAGAACCUGAACGCGCUUUCAAGGGCGAAGCUCGCAGUGCAUAUGCAUGGCUGCACUGCAUCCUGAGCGAGGAACAUGAUUGGUACCUGACUGAACGUUGCCCCGCCUGCAUCGUGCUGCAUGUGAUGCACUCCGAACCCACCAUCCGAUUCAUCGCGGUCGCGUGCCUCCUUUCCGGCCACCUUCAAGGCCACGACGUGCCUGUCGGGAAGAGACGUCUUCCGUCUUUCGACUUCUGGCUUGAGACAUUGGAGACUGCUGUGCGCGAGGAUACCUUCUGGGGUGACGACUUCUGGCCCGAGAUUGAAUACCGUGCCUGCAGUCUGACCGACGGGGUCAAGCAGCUGGCAAUGCAGUGUCUGGAGCUGCAGUCUACCGCAGAGCAGCGGGAGUUUGAACAAUCCAAGUGCCAGUUGCUGCCGAAGACCAAAAGCGGCUCAAGAUGAACAACUGCUUCAUGCAAAGCCGCCGUCACCAGCGAUUCCAUGUCCGCAGUGUUGACUCUCGGAGAAUAAACAUGACGUGAACCAUCGGUGCGCGAGACCACUUUGGUCUUGCUUGCUAUUCUUACAACCCCUUCGCCAAAGUCGCCAGUGACACGGCUUCACAACAUACUCGCUUCUGAGAUAUGCAAGGCACUAUCCUAAGCCUACGCAGCGAGCACCGACUCAAGAGACCGACGUAUCGACUGGAUCGAUAUUCUUCGUUUCUCCAUCCGUCUCCCACGCUUCCGU